GCAUCUCCGCUUCAGUCCCCAAAACCAGAGCGAGGCUGAGAGACUUGUGUUGCAGCUCAGACACCUGAAUUCAACACACGUUGUCUCUGUCGGUGCAUCAUGGAGGGCCACAGGUAUCCCAUCAGUGUCGGUUUGAUCGGAGUGAUGCACAAGGAGAAGUGCAAAAUGUACAUGACCUCCGUGCUUUGGUCGGACGAGAAUGAGAUUGUAGUUUACAGGACUUUUCAGGAUUUCAAGACAAUGCACAAACAACUGAAGAAAGCAUUCCCACCGGCCAACAAAAUGAAAAAAUCCGCCAGAAUCAUUCCCAAAUUUCAAGACAAAAUGCUGAACGGCGGCGCCAAGAAGAAAGGUCCAACCAAGUCACUCCUGCGCCUCAAGUUCUUGCAGAAAUACUGCAAUAAGCUGCUGAGCUGCGACGAGCAGGUCUCUCAGUCUGCAGACCUCAUCCAGUUCUUCCACCCCAAAGACCAGGACCUGCAGCCCGAGUUCGCCAAGAACUGCAUCAUGGUCUUGCCAUCAGAGGAUGAAGUCAGCGCCGAUGCGGGACAGGUCAAAGGUGGCAACGUGACCCAGCCGUUCGUCACAGAGACCUACAGAUGCGUGGCCCCUUACGAGACCAAAGACACCAAGAACAAACCUUUCAAAGUGACGGUGGACGAAAAAGUAGACGUGCUCAUCAAAGACCAAGCAGGGUGGUGGCUUGUGGAGAAUGAAGACAAGCGGAUGGCCUGGUUCCCUGCCCCCUACCUGGAGAGCCUUGAUGAUGCUGAUGCUGAUGAAGAUUACAUUGAUGGGAGCCCUGAGAGAGGAGAGCUGUACACUGCAGUCAAGAGCUACAAGGCCACCAAAGGUGACGAGAUAACCAUGUCCAUCGGUUCAGUGGUGGAGGUCCUGCAGAAGUCUGACAACGGCUGGUGGCUCAUCAGGUACAACAAUAAAGCGGGCUACAUCCCCACCAUGUACCUGCAGCCCUACAACUUGCCUCAUAUCCGCAUGACAGCCCACCAUCGGAACCGCCGCGCCUCCUCCCCGACCCCGACCCCGACCCUGGAACUGCAGUCCAACCAGCUCAGCCUCUCGCAAGGAAACCUGCUGCAACUUCCACCCAUCAGGUCUUCCUCACCCAACCUGCAACUUCCACCCAUCAGGCCUUCCUCACCCAACCUGCAACUUCCACCCAUCAUUUCUUCCUCACCCAACCUGCAACUUCCACCCAUCAGGCCUUCCACACCCAGCCCGCUCCAACCACGCAGGCAGCAGAGAUUGACCUCUCUGGACAUCCUGCCUGAAGAACCUCACUUUCAGCCUCCAGCUGCCACCUCACCUACGACUGCAAAGUACGUCCCUCCGCCCACGAUCAUGUUGGAGAUGGACGGAAAACAGGAGAAGCGUGAGAUGAGCCCGAGAGCAGAUAGCGAGGAAAGCUUUUUGAGCGACAGCGACUUCAGCGACGAGCUCAAUUCUUCCUGGGCGAGCUCCUCGUCCUUCAACCUGAACCUGAGCCAAAGCUACAACGGGGAACAGCUGCGUCUCAGCCGUACGCCUUCCCCUAUGGCGAGCAACCACCUGAGCCCGACGAGCAUCCCGGAGGGGAGAAUGAUGCCCAGCAUCUCUGAUCCCAACCUCUACAAGGGCCCGAUAACACCUAAGGUGCCACCCAGGCCACGGGCCCAGGAUAUCCUCACCCGGUGUACCACCAUCACCCGCAAGAACGCAACCAAAGGCAGCCUGUCACCCACUCAAAUAGAGAUAAUGAGUCUCUGAAGUUUAUACUGAUGGGUAGCUUCAUCUUUAUUAUCAAGGUACUUUAUCUAAGAAUUAAGAGGCGUUGCACCAGAAGCUAUAUCUAUAUUGGCCUUUAGCAAAACCAGUUAAUAUGAGUGUGUGUGUGUGUGUUUGUAUAUAAACAAGAUUAAUAAGGAAACAUUAAACACUCAUGAAUGAACAUUUAUUUUCCAUACUGGAAUCCUUGUGUUGUGCCUUAUAUGCAUUUUUGACUGUACUUGAUUGAUUUGUUUUCAUGCAAAAGUAAAUGUUUGUUUGAAAUACCAGAGUGCAGGUAGUUCUAUUUCCUGCUCAAGCCUGUUAAAAGCAAACUCAACUUGACGAAUGGGAUGUGUGUAAAUAUACACUCAGCAGUCUGACCGUGUAUAUUCUGUGUGUGUGUUCACGUGUUACUGAAGAGCUUGGAACAAAUAAAACUUUUUUUUGGAUAACUUGA